AUGGCGAACCUGGACGUGUUGUUGCUAAAGGGCGCCACUUCAGAAAACCCUGAAGAGGGUCUGGCUGAACUGCGCUACUCGAUCCUUACAAAGGGCAUACCUGCCAACAGCGAGGGCAUGUCUGAGCUGCGCAUCUAUGUAUGGUUGAUAAUGCUCAAUGCGCCCCCACUGCGCACCGAUGUUUACCUCGACCUCGUCCGACAAGGCGCAUCGCCGGCGCACGCCAAGAUCCAGAACGACACCUUCCGUACAUUCCAGGGAGAUCCCCUGUUUCGGCGACGUGUUACUCAGAACAGCAUCACGCGCGUGCUGAACGCGGUCGCGUGGAGGCUGAACGAUGCGCACGAGGCGCGAGUGAACGGAUGGCAGUCCCCACCAACUUUGUCUGAGUUUGGAGGCAGCCCAGAUACCUCCAUCAUGUCGCGGCACUCGUUCAGCACUGCCCCCGGCACGCAGACGAACGCUUCGACGACGAACGACGCCGAGCAGAUUGGCUACGUGCAGGGUAUGAACGUGCUAUGCGGUCCCUUCCUCUACGCUGCAAAGGGCGAGGUCGAGGCUUUCACUGGUUUCGAGCAGCUCAUCACACGGGAAUGCCCAGGCUAUGUGCGUGGCUCUAUGGAAGGCGUGCACAAGGGGCUGGCACUCGUCGAUAGAGUGCUGGAGGUGGUUGACAACAAGCUGUACCAGCACCUGAUGGCACACCGCAUGGAAGCAAAGAUCUACGCCUUCGCCUCGGUGCUCACCAUGUGCGCCUGCACCCCUCCCCUGCCUGAGGUUCUGCAGCUGUGGGACUUCUUGUUCGCGUAUGGACCACAUCUUAACAUCCUGUGCAUCGUCGCACAGCUCGUCUUGAUCCGCGGAGAGAUUCUGAACAGCCCCAGCCCCAACCAGAUCCUCCGUAACCUGCCCGGGCUUCAGGCCAGGAGAAUUAUCGAUGUGGCCGUGAGCUUCUCCGGCCAGAUCCCCGAGGACAUGUACGCAGAGAUCGUCAGCCACGCGAAGUAG